AUGGCUGAGGAGGACGAGAAUUUGAGUGAAGAGCUCAAUCAUGAUGAUGCUGAGAACGAACAAAAGGUGAUCAACGAAGAAUACAAGACAUGGAAGAAGAACGCCCCCUUUCUCUAUGAUAUGAUCCUCAGCACAGCCUUGGAUUGGCCCACCCUCACAACACAAUGGUUUCCAGACGUCUCACAAGUUGAGGGUACAAAUUAUUCCAAACACCGCCUAUUGAUAGGUACCCAUACUGCCGAAGGCCAACCAAACUACCUCGAGAUCGCACAUGUGCAGCUGCCAAAUGCAAGAAAACCCGAUGUCAAAGACUACAAUGAAGAGACAGGCGAGAUCGGGGGCUAUGGUGGCGGCCCGUCAAAGAAUCAGAUCGAAGUCAAAUUCAAUAUCAUCCAAAAGAUCGAUCACCCUGGUGAGGUUAACAAGGCUCGCUACCAACCUCAGAAUCCCAACAUCAUUGCAACCAUGUGUACGGACGGCCGGGUGCUAAUAUGGGACAAGACGAAGCUCAGGAGUGUGCCGACUGGAACCCCCGAUCCGACCAUAAUCUUGAGCGGUCAUGAGAAGGAGGGGUACGGACUCAGCUGGAGCCCUAGGGAUGCCGGUCACCUGGUCACCGCCAGUGAAGACACGACGGUCAGACUGUGGGAUAUCACACAAGCUUCCAAGACAAACAAAACCUUGAAAGAGAGCCGCAAAUAUACACAUCAUGCCAGUAUCGUCAACGAUGUCCAAUACCAUCCUACACUUCCCAACUUGUUUGGAACGGUUUCCGAUGAUCUGACGAUGCAACUCAUAGAUCUCCGGCAACCGGACACCACGAAGGCUGCCGCGGUAUCAGGAGAGGGCCAACACAAGGAUGCGAUCAAUGCCAUCGCGUUCAACUUGGCAGUAGAGACUGUUGUCGCCACUGGGAGUGCCGAUAAAACCAUUGGUAUCUGGGACCUCCGGAACCUCACUCACAAAAUCCACGCUCUGGAAGGUCACAACGACAGCGUGACGACCCUGGAGUGGCAUCCCUUUGAAGAAGGUGUACUCGCAUCAAGCAGCUACGACCGACGAAUAAUGUUUUGGGACUUGAAUAAGGUGGGCGAAGAGCAAACACCUGAAGAUAGUGAAGACGGUCCACCCGAGUUACUGUUCAUGCAUGGAGGACACACAAACCGAAUUAGUGAUUUCUCUUGGAACAAAAACAAUCCAUGGGUUCUGUGCAGUGCGGCCGAUGAUAACCUUAUUCAGGUCUGGAAGGUGGCUGAUGCCAUUGUGGGCUCUAAUGAUGAGGAUGUGCCGAUGAAUGAGCUGGAGGGUUAA